AACAAAUCAGCCGAUAGUCUUUUCUGCAAGUGGCCUGGAUUAGCACCACAGCUUGUCAUGUAUGUGAAGAAUGUCCAUCCUCAGUACAAAACCAGCUUAGACAUCAUAGACAUGGGUGGAAGUGGAGGGGGUGCAAGAGAGCAGCAGGAUCAAGAUGAUGCAGAAGCAACAGAAGAGCAUGGAGAUGUAAAGCUUUCGCAAAUGGAAACUGAAGCACUUGCUUUCGCUGUUUUACCAUUGGUACUCUGUGGACGGGCCAGGGGUAAGAAAGGGAAAUGUUCUGUCUUCGAGAGUGUCAAAUCAUUCAUUGAUGUCAAGCCUGAAGGGACUGACAUGGCAUUUUACCUUAAGUCAGUUGAUAGAGAGACACAUCCCCAACCCUUCCUGCUAGUUAUUGGAUCGCGCAUAAAUCCACUGCAAAUCUUCGUCAUCGUUGAAAGACAAGCUCUCCAGUUCAACACCAUGACUAAAGCAGUUGACUAUUGUUUUAAGCUCAUUUAUGUGUUGGACAUAGAGUACCAGCCUGCUUGUGGUACAACUUGGGAGUUCCUCCAGACAAACGUCUAUGGCAUUGCAGGGAAAUGUGGAGUUUCAACAUCAGUUAGGGAGUUAAGGACAUUCUUGUCGUGUCAGACAGGUAAUUAAUAAGGGAAGAAAAGUGUGCUGAAGAAAUUUUAAACUGAGUUGUUUAAACACAGUCAGGUCUUGUUCGUGUUAAUUGUUUGAUUGUUUAAUACUAAUAACAAUAAUGGUAAACCCUUAUAAUGCCCCGUAUCCGCCAUGACAGUCGCUCUCGGAGCAGUUUACAAUAAUUAUCCCCUGCUCACUGGGUCAUCAUAUCUUAAACCUUCUCAGCUCCCUGUGGAGUAUACAGCCCCGGCCACAGGAAUUGUAGUAAUGUAAGAAAAUUACAUUGCUUAAUUGACAUGGUG